CAGUCCUUAUGUACUUUAUCGAUGGCUGUAAAUCUUAAACAAGAGGGGUCUUGGUUAUGUGUUGUUUUAAAAUGAUAUGAUAAUGAAUGGUUUUCAAAGCCUUUCCUUAUAUUGCCGAAAUGUUCUGCAAUGCGCUUUUUCAGCGAUCUUUUAGUUCUCCCUACAUAUUGGAAUUUGCAUGGGCAUUCUAUCACGUAUAUUACAUCCUCCGUACUACAAGCUUGGUGAUCGCUGCUGGUCUCUGUGGCCCCUCACACCAUGGCUGCGUCCCUGCAGAGGAUCCAGGAAGAGCUCGGUCUCUUCGGCGUCGUCGUGGACCUGGAGGAUGAAGACCUGUCAGAGAAGUUGGUGGAACUUUGUUCUGUUCAUCGGUUCAAUGAAGAAAAGUUGGUGGAAGAGUGGAUGGCUUUCACUGCGACCAGGAGUUUACCUCUUACUGUUGGCAAUCUCUGUGCUUUGGAUCAUGAAGUUCUCAGUAAAAAAAAUUCAAAACGGCCAAAUUUGAAAAAAGAAAAACAUUGUGGCAGCCGGGACAUUAACAGCAUUCAGGAGCUUAUUGAGGUGGAGACUGAAGAGGAAAAUCUUCUAGAUUCAUACUCUACUCCUUCAAAAGGAUCCCAAAAACGCAAUUUAUCAACACCAGAGAAUCCACAAUCAAAACGUGUUCCUGCCAUAAAUCGGAGCCCCCAUCUUCUCUUUUCACCAGCCAGCUUCUCACCCAGUGCCACCCCAUCACAGAAGUACAGCGCUCGCUCAAACCGUGGUGAAGUGGUGACCUCUUUCGGAGGAGUACAAGGAACUUCAUGGAGUGGUGGGAAUGGCACACAAACUAAAGUAGAACUCAUAACCCUAGAAGAGGAGGAGUCACUGACCAAAUCAUACAAGUACAUGUUCCAGAAGUUGACGGACAUCAGAGAUGCGGUGGCAAGUAAAAUUGAGGAGCUUGGUGAAACCCUGAAGAAUCAUUUCCAUAUUGAAGAGUUUACAGCUGUCUCUUUUCCAGCUCAGGAGACCGUCACCGUGCUUGGCCAGAUUGGCUGUGACAGCAAUGGGAAAUUGAACUCUAAAUCUGUCAUUCUUGAGGGAGAUCGGGAGCAUUCAUCAGGAAUGCAGGUUCCAGUGGACUUGUCAGAAUUGAAGGAAUAUUCACUGUUUCCUGGACAGGUUGUAGUAAUGGAAGGGACAAACAGCACUGGAAGAAAAUUUGUUGCUUCAAAACUGUAUGAGGGAGUCCCACUUCCCUUCUAUCAGCCAAACAUUGAUUUUGAAGAUUGCCCUCAACAGAUGAUAAUUGCAGCCUGUGGACCGUUCACCACAUCGGACACCAUCACUUAUGAUGCCCUAAAGGAUCUGGUGGAUGUUAUUAAUAGAGACCGUCCAGAUGUCUGCAUUCUGCUUGGCCCCUUUUUGGAUUCGAAACAUGAGCAGGUUGAGAGCUUGCAGCUGACGGUGACGUUUGAAGAGGUGUUUAAAUCUUGCCUGAAAAUGAUCAUUGAAGGAACACGGCCAUCUGGUUCCCAUUUGGUGUUUGUGCCGUCUGUCCGAGAUGUUCACCACGAUCCUGUCUACCCUCAGCCUCCUUUUAGCUGCUAUGAGACCGCUAAGGAAGAUAAACCGAGAGUGCACUUUGUGGCAGAUCCUUGCACCUUGUCUGUCAGUGGUGUAGCAGUGGGAUUUACAUCCACAGACUUGCUCUUUCACAUGGGUGCAGAGGAGAUCAGCAGUGGUAUUGCAGGAGCUCCAGACAGAUUUAGCCGAAUCCUCAAACAUAUCCUGAUUCAGCGGAGCUACUAUCCUUUAUAUCCUCCACAUGAAGAGAUUAACAUUGACUAUGAAGCACAUUAUAACUACGCAAUCAUGCCAGUCACUCCAGAUGUCUUUAUUAUCCCCUCAGAACUCCGCUUUUUCAUCAAGGAUAUCUCCGGCUGCAUUUGCAUUAAUCCAGGCCGUCUAACAAAAGGAAUGGUGGGAGGAACGUACGCCCGAUUUUUGGUGAAAAAGGAGAAGACUGGCACAGCAGAAAGGAAAUCUCCUUGUAUAUCUGCUCAAGUUGUUAAAAUUUAACAUGAAAUACAUCAGAAUAUUUUCAGAAAAUAGAGUUUAUUUUACUAAAACUGACUGGAAAAAUUAUAGGAAUGAAGUAUGUGCAUGGCCAGAAGAGGUGUCUGACCCUCAAUAUACCAGACCAGGUGACCACAUGAUCGGAACAGAAAAACGCGUGGGUCUUUGCAAGGGAUGAGAGAAUCCGCAGGUCCUCUUCUUCCUGUGUUGUAUUACAUGCAUGAGCUAUUCCACAUGUUGGCCCAGAGCUAAACAGUACCAGCAGGAGCUUCUCAUAGCGGCUGCUUUCCAUGCAUAGUGGAGGAGAUUUAUUAAGUGCAAAGGGAAAGAGGAACAUUUGGCGAUGGAGGCCAGCUAGAAAAACGAAAGCUAGAAUCUCACUGAUUUUUGGCUUUUCUUGUUUUUUUAUGUUUUGUUUUUUUGCACUAGUUUUGAAAAAUCUCCCAUAAUGUGGGAGUGUUGUGUAUAAAGACUUUUGAAGAAAAAAAUUUGAUGGCCAUAGUGACCAGAAUUCGUCUUUCCUUUCCUAUACACUUGAAUACGGCUUUGUGUAAUUACACCCGCUCACCGUUGCUGUUGCAAUGACGAGCAAUUAAACAAUGAAGUGAAGGCUGCGAUGGCACGGCACGUGCCUUCUCUUCAACCAGCUGAUCUGUGGGGUGUCGAACACCCACCGAUCUGAUAACCCAUCCUGAGGAUAGCUCAUCAAUAAAAAUAACUUGGACAGCCCCUUUAAGGGUACGGCCACACAGUUUUUUGACCAAGGUUUUGAAGCAGAUCUCCCUGCAGCUCUAUGUGACUGUACCCUAAGGCUCGCUUAGAUACUACGGCUUAAACCACAGUUCCAUGUUCCGGUCAUGUUAUCCGUCUGUAUUUCUCGUGUGUGCCAGGGCCUGACAGUAGGUUUAACUGACCUGAAAUCACUGCAUCCUAGAUGGAAAACUCACAACAUCAUAGGGAUCUGUCAGUGAAACUUGCGGUAAGGCCAUGACUGAUAACAUGACUAGGGAUGAGCAAACUUCAAAAUUUAAAGUUUGGGUAUAUGCUGAAUUGCGUUAUGGUUCAUGGUAACGGAAUCCAUAAUGCAUUUCCAUGACGGAACGCAUAACUGAAUGCCUUUUGAGACAUUAUGGGGGCCAUAGACUUUUAUUAUGACAGAAUGCCUCUAAAGGCACGCAGUCAUGGAAUUGUGAUAUGGUCCGUGGUAACUGAAUCCAUAACCCAAUUAAUCACAUAACCGAACUUCAAAACUGGAAGUUCGCUCGUCCCUAAAUACGAACAGAAUGUGGAUGUGUGAAUCUGGCCCAAGGGAAUAUUUGCUUAAAGGGACACUGACAGGCCCAAUAAGCAUAAUUAUCUAUCUAUAUAUGCAUGGAUCCCAUAGCCUUCUACUGGGCAUGCGCAGGAUCUUGGAACGUCUGGGACAGCAGAAGCCGCCCAGUAAAGUGAAUAUUGAUGAGCUGGGCGGCUCUUCAAAAGGCGGUUGGGGCGCAGCUGGCUGGGCACAAGUAAAGCUGAAACGCUGCCCCUUGGCAGAAAGAAGAGCAAUUACUUCAGGUUAUAAAACAUAAGUUUGCUGUAUUUAUAAGGUGGACAGGGGGUAUACUUAUAGGUUUUUAA